AGAGAAGUCAGAUUUUCGCAUCUGCCGUGCAGCUCAUCGUACAUCCACUCUUACUUUUCCCCUCCCUCAAGUCUUCACUUCUCUCCCGGCUCCUUCUCCAACCCUUCUUUCCCCUCUACCUUCCCGCUGCUCAUCCUCCUCAUCCUCGAGCCACUAUGGUGAACAGAUAACCGUCCAGCUAUCCUGAGACCAUGGGUGCCUGCCUCUGCAAAGGUCACAAAGAGCUCCACCUUCCCAUGACAGGACUGCAGGACCAGACAGAGGAGGAGCAGCCGUCCACUGUCAAGAAUCCCUCCAACAGCAACGUGCAAGAUAAAACCAGCGGCUACGACAUUGGCGAGCUAGCCACUUCCUCUUUGAUUGGUCUGGUGGCCACGAUAAAGGACCAUAUCACCAAGCCGACAGCAAUGGCUCAGGGACGAGUCGCUCAUCUGAUUGAGUGGAAAGGUUGGGGUGGAGGCGGUGAGGCUGGGGGACGUGGAGGCAGCUGGGCCUGUGGAAAAGGAGGUGGAGGCUGGGGGGCUAUGGGGACCGAGCUGCAAGAGGAUGAGCAAUUCUACUCUCAAAUGACGGACGAAAUCAAGGAGGCCCGCUUCGCUGCAGGAGUGGCGGAGCAGUUUGCCCUGGCUGAGGCGGCCAUGCAUGUGUGGUCAAUGAACGACAACAUAGAGGAGCCCUCCACCAGCUUACAAGCAGCGCAGAGCCACUUCUUGUCCCAGUUCCUGCUGGAUGGAGGCAGCAUCGGCAUUCCCCAGCACCUGUACAGCAUCCAUUAUGGCAACAGCAGGGCAGCCAACCUGGUCCCCCUGCCACAGGUCGACCCAAUCUCCCCAACAUCAGCCACUCAGCAGGACAAAGAUCACCAUCCCUUUGAGGACAGAAGCACUGUGACAGCAGAAGCUGCUGUCCGACACGUAGACAGCAGUUCGCUAUCCGAGGAUGAUGUCUUUUAUAACUAGGCUUGCAGGAAAACAGACUGGCAAUCUUGCUGGCAACCUCUGAAACCAUCCUCACUGAGAGGACCUGAGUCUCAGCAACAGCAGUGACAGAUGCAGAAAAUAACUGCAGACAUCUAUGAGCUAUCUGCACAGAAAAUGAAAGAUUUCUAGACCCUUCAGAUAUAAAGACUCCAGAGAGUGUUUUCCUCUCAGCUCUGUCUGUGAAUGUGUAUAGUUCUACUGUUACAUUAACCUUUUUCUAUUCAUUGUACAUAUCAUAUGUUGGACUGAACAGUGAAGAG